UUAAUAAUGCGUUUUUUAGAACACAUGUACUUAUAGACAAAAUAUAUUAGUAUAUAAACAGAGAAUAAAAACGAGACAAGCAGUUGUAAAUUUAAUGAUUUAUUCGUGAUUGAUUUAAUUAAUUAUUAUGGAUUUUAAAGUUCGUAAAUUUCAAUAUAGCGUUGAUAAAUUUUUAUGGUUGUUCGUAGUGUGUUGUGGUUUUUAAUGAACUUAAACUAACAUGAAAAUUGAAUUUAUAUUAGUAUCGAUAUGUGCAACUGUUCAAUCGUUAGACGAUGAUAAAAACAUAUCAAGAAAACAUUUCGGAUUAAGUUUCUACAACAGAUGCGAGGACUACAUAAAAACAUUCAAAUGUAUGACGGCAUGCAAAAGCAUCGGCUUCCAAAUAUUCAGGAUGAACCGCCUGUGUAAAUGUUCGUGCCACGAGAUGAAAACGUCUACUAUCCUCCCAUUCUUCAAAUGGAGGACUAAUGGGACUACUAGGAAGCGGCCCAGGACUUACAGUCCCAAGCUGUACCAUGUUGUUGGAAGCCUUUCCCCACCUACUACUCCUGGUGUUGAUGAAGAGACAACUGAUAGAGUUGACACUCCCCCGUCAGAUUCUAAAGUUGAGUGUACGACUGUUGCUGAAAAGGGAAGCGAUACUCAAACUAAAUCGGCAGCUGAGACUCCAGCAGGGGGAAAUGCAGCAGAAACAACCGCCAGUUAACUAAUACAA